AUGACUUCACUCGGCAAAAGAGAGAGCAGAACGGCAACCCGAAGGGAACGUGGACAGACUGUGUCGUGCGCCGGGGUGAAUCUUUGGGUCGGCUCACCUUUCCCAAUGCCUCCCUCGCCACUGGAAGAACGGAUCGGCGUGCUGCAGAGACCCAAGACCUUGGCCUUGCGCCUCAACCACAGUUUUGGGCACAACGGCGGCGGCGAGAGGCAGCGCCAGCCCUCUCCUCCUCUGCCGCCGUCCCCGGCUUGCAAAGCGUCCAGCCAGGCUCCGGCAGCUCCAAAGGGCGACGAAGCCCGCAGGGGUGCCGUCCUCCAGCCCAACCAUUCUCACACCAUCGACAUUAAGCUGACGGUGGGGGGCAGCCAGGUCCGGGUCCCACCCGAGCGGAAUCUCUCAUUGCAGCUGGACCUUAAGCAAGGUGGCGAGAGGCAGGGUGGUGUGCUAGCCCCACAGCUGAAGGUCUUCCUGCCCCAAGCCAAGCUCAAGAAGCGGUGCUUCAAGGAGAACUCCAAGCCGGUGCUGGACACCUCGGCUAGCUCCUCCUGCCUCUCCAGCCCGGCCAACACCAUGCACCCCUUGAAAUGUGGCUGCCGGGGCUGUUGGCGCCUCAUGCGCUGCGACGACGUGGGCCCCAAGUCCGGCCUGCGCUCUUUAGGCUGCUUCUCGUGCCGCUCCAGCUUGCGCUCCUUGAGUUGCUCUAGUUGCAGUCCGCCGUCCCUCAAGAAGUUGGGAUGCUUGCCCUGCGCUCCGGCCGCCCUGCGCUCCUUGGCGUGCCUGGCUUGCAACCCUUCGGUCAAGUCGGGCAGCUCCUCCUGCAGCUUCUGCAGCAGCGACCCCAUCGUAGCCUACGACACUCGGGCGGGCUCUUCCCCGUCCCAUAGCUGCUAUGGCGGGGACGACGACGACGACUACAGCGUCCGCACCAUCUGGCCGGACGAGCUGGCGAAGAAGAUGACCAAGUCCCGGGCGCAGCAGCAGCAGCCGGCGUCGGCGUCGCACCACCAGACGUCCCCCUUGAUCCUGGACUGUCGCAACUUGGUGGAAUACACCAAGAGCCAGCUACAAGGGGCCAUGCGCUUCGGGGUGGCCGAGGUGGCGGGCCGGCGGCGGCUUCAGCAGGGCAAGUUGGCCAUGCUGGAUUUCCUCUCUUCCCGAGGGGGAGGCUGCGAUUGCAGGGACUCUUCGCUCCAGCGCCUCUGGCCCAAGGAUGCCGGCAACAGCGCUGGACUGGAGACUGUCCCGGACAGCCCACCGCAGCCGCACAAGACCCAGCCCUCAAACAACCUGCAUCUCAUGCUGAACCUGCUCAACAAAGACGGGCCGGAGGUGCCCAGCAAGAGAGAAGGUACCGACAGCACCGAUGACUUGGGCCCUCCGCUCACGCCCGACUUGGAGAACGCCGAGCUGAGCCCCAUCCUGCCCUUCCUUUUCCUGGGCAACGAAAGGGACGCCCAGGACCUCGAGCGGAUGCUGAGCCUCAACGUGGGCCACGUCCUCAACGUCACCACCCACCUCCCUCUCUACCACGCCGACAGCGGGCGCCUCCGCUACAAGCGCCUGCCCGCCACCGACAACAGCCGCCAGGACCUGCGCCAGUACUUUGAGGAAGCCUUUGAAUUCAUCGAGGAGGCCCACCAGAGCGGCAAAGGGGUCCUCAUACACUGCCAGGCGGGGGUCUCGCGCUCGGCCACCAUCGUCAUCGCCUACUUGAUGAAGCACACGCUCAUGACCAUGGGCGACGCCUACAAAUACGUCAAGGGACGGCGGCCCAUCAUCUCGCCCAACCUCAACUUCAUGGGACAGCUGCUGGAGUUCGAGACAGAUCUCAACGCCGGCGUCACGCCCCGCAUCCUCACCCCUAAACUGGCUGGAGUGGAAACCGAAGUGUGAACCACAAUUCUGGGUGGGGUGGGAGGGGGACCGAGGGUGACCUCCGGCAAUCUCAGGGCUCGGAAGAGGUGUGCAUGGGGUGUGUGUGCAAUACGGGACCGACAAACUGUGUGGCACUGGACAAGAAGUGAUCCAGGAUCGUGUGCAAGCAAUGGUUGGGUGCGUGGCUCCUCGGCCACUGAAAAGCCAUUAAAAACAGAUGGAUUUGGGUUCUUUUUUUCGAGGGGUGGGAUGCCUUUCUAUACUUGCCAACCAAUAAGCACUGACAAAACCGCCAAUGUUUUGGCAACCACUGCUGCCACCAUGUUAUUUCUAUGUAGGACUUCCUUCUCUCAGCCUCAGAGUAGGGCUUGGGAGGGAUUUCAAGACGUGUGCAUGAGAGAAAUCUCAUUGGGCUUAAUUUAUUGGGAUGGGAAGUGUGUGGAUGCGAAGAUGUGAUGGAAGGACCACCCUUUUGUGUUCAUCUCUCCCCUUCUUGGUCCAGAGCACUUCCUGUCCAACCAGGAUGGAAAACGUCUUUAUUAUGAGGGUUACCCAGAAAGUAUGGUUACAAGAGUUUCAAAAAAAUUACAAAUAAUUACUAUACGGUAGAGUCUCGCUUAUCCAACAUAUACAGGACGGCAGAAUGUCGGAUAAAUGAAAAUGUCAGAUAAUACUGAGGGAAAUGGAAUGAGGAAGCUCAUCUCUAACCUUCACCACAACGCCAGUCGAUGAGCUACUGACGACAGGCACUACUCAUUCGUUUCUGCUUGCUUCCCGCUACACAGCCUUGAUACUACUCCCGGAAUGAGGAUGCUCAUCUCUAACCUACAAAGCAGUGAUACUAACUUCCCCCCAGGAUGGGGACGUUCAUCUCCAACCUUCACCACAACACCAGUCGAUGAGCUACUGACAACUGGCACUGCUCGUCCGCUUCUGCUGGCUUCCCGCUAUACAGCAGUGAUACGAACUUCCCCCAGAAUGAGGAUGCUCAUCUCCAACCUUCACCACAACAUCAGUCAAUGAGCUACUGACGACUGGCACUGCUCAUUCGCUUCUGCUUGCUUCCCGCUAAACAGCCUUGAUACUACUCCCGGAAUGAGGAUGCUCAUCUCUAACCUACAAAGCAGUGAUACUAACUUCCCCCAGAAUGACGAUGCUCAUCUCCAACCUUCACCACAACAUCAGUCGAUGAGCUACUGACGACUGGCACUGCUCGUCCACUUCUGUUGGCUUCCCGCUACACGGCAGUGAUACUAACUUCCCCCCAGAAUGAGGAUGCUCAUCUCCAACCUUCACUACAACGCCAGUCGAUGAGCUACUGACGACUGGCACUGCUCGUCCACUUCUGCAAGCUUCCCGCUACAGAGUGAUGCCAGCUUCUCCCAGAAUGAGGACGUUCACCUCUAACUUUCACCAUAACACCAGUCGAUGAGCUACUGACGACUGGCACUGCUCAUUUGCUUCCGCUGACUUCCCGCAACACAGCAGUGAUACAACUUCCCCCAGAAUGAGGACGCUCAUCUCUAACCUUCACCAUAACACCAGUCAAUGAGCUACUGACAACUGGCACUGCUCGUCCGCACUUGUCAAUGAGCUACUGCUCGUCCGCACUUGUCAAUGAGCUACUGACGAAUGGCACUGCUCGUCCAUUUCCGCUGGCUUCCCACUACACAGCAGUGAUACUAACUUCCCCCGGAAUGAGGACACUCAUCACCAACCUUCACCGCAACACCAAUCGAUGAGCUACUGACGAUUGGCACUGCUCGUCCGCUUCCACUGGCUUCCCACUACACAGCAGUGAUAUAAACUUCCCCCGGAAUGAGGAUGAUCAUCUCCAACCUUCACCAGAACGCCAGUCGAUAAGCUUCUGACAACUGGCACCGCUUCUGCUGGCUUCCUGCUACACAGCAGUGAUACUAACUUCCCCCCAGAAUGAGGACGUUCAUCUCCAACCUUCACCACAACCCUAGUCGAUGAGCUACUGGUGACUGGCACUGCUCGUCCGCUUCCGCUGGCUUCCCACUACACAGCAGUGAUACCAACUUCCCCUGGAAUGAGGACGCUCAUCUCUAACCUUCAUCACAACACCAGUCGAUGAGCUACUGACAACUGGCACUGCUCGUCCGCUUCCACUGGCUUCCCACUACACAGCAGUGAUAUCAACUUUCCCCAGAAUGAGGAUGCUCAUCUCCAACCUUAACCAGCAUGCCAGUCGAUGAGCUACUGAUGACUGGCACUGCUCGUCCACUUCUGCAGGCUUCCCGCUAUACAGAGUGAGACCAACUUCCCCAGGAAUGAGGAUGCUCAUCUCUAACCUUCACCACAACACCAGUCGAUGAGCUACUGACGACUGGCACUGCUCAUUUGCUUCCGCUGGCUUCCCGCUACACAGCAGUGAUACUAACUUCCCCCAGAAUGACGAUGCUCAUCUCCAACCUUCACCAGAAUGCCAGUCGAUGAGCUACUGACAACUGACACUGCUCGUUCACUUCUGAUGGCUUCCUGCUACAUGGCAGUGAUAUCAAAUUCUCCACGAGAGCCUUGUAACCUUACUUUUUGGAUAACCCUCAUAGAAGGGGUGGGUGGUGUUGUCUCAACCGUGUUCUUGCACAUGGAUGUGUAUGAGUGUGUAUAUUAUGGGGGGGGGGGUAGGACAGUGCGAGAGAGAUGCUCUCUUUCCACAGUUAUCAGAAUUUAACGCUCAGGAUUACUGACCUCUUCUAGGUAGAUAUUUUGGUCUGGAUGGAAAGAUAAGAGCCAGGAUAGUUGACAGCUCCGUCCCCGUUUUUGCUGCUGGUGGUUGGGAGACCGGGCAUCCUGUGCCGCUGUCUAUUUAUUUAUUUGCUUGACUUCUUUGACCACCAAUCUGUUACAAAGACUGAAUCUUCAAAUGGCAGUAUGGUGGAAACCGGAAGGGGGACAUUGACUGUCUCGCUCUCGCACACCGUUUAGGCACUUCCCCUUCUCAGGGUCACGAUACCAUUGGGAUCGUCUUCCAUGAUGGAAGCUGUACUUAAAGAGGAUGGGAGUGGAAUAGUCGUGGAGAACGAUGAAGGAACCCAGAAGAGUCAUCGUAGACUAGUCUACUUCAACUUGUGUUGGACCACACGUUGCGUCAGCACCAUCCAUACUCCGGGAGACAUGGGUGGGAAGGCCACCUCUCGUAAAGUUCACUUUGGGUUUCUUGGAGUCAAACGACCUCUGGUGCGUGUGGUUCCUCGCACCAGUUAUCUCGAAAUGCAAUAUAUACAUAUAUUUUUGUUGUUGUCGGUUGCUCUUCAAGUGUCUCCUUCCUCUCCUCUCCUUUCCCAUGCUGCCUCCCGUGAGCGUAAAGCAGGCAAGGGGAGAGAUGUUGUUUAGUUGCCUUCUUCUAGAGUAGUGUUUCUCAACUUGGGGGUCGGGAACCCUGGGGGUUUCAGAGGGGUCGCCAGAGACCAUCAGAAAACAUAUCUCUGGCCAAGGGGUUCCAAAGACCAUCAGUUUUCUGAUGGUCUUUGGAACCCCUUGGACAGAGAAGGAUGAAGAUCUCUCGCCUACCCUUCCCUUCCUUUUGGAAAUAGAUGGUGAAUACUCACCCCAAAAACCCUUCUCCGCUGUGAUUGGUUGACCUCUCAGUCAAGGGGUGGACUGUUCCUGAAACUCCAAUCAGACGUGCUCAAGCAUGACAACGUGGUGUGCAUAUGCAGGCGAGGGAGAGCAUGCGAGUCUGGAGGGAGGCUUGCACCAAUGAGUCCUUCAAGGCAUGGCGGUUCUGUGUGGGAAGUUUGGCCCAAUUCAGAAUGUUCUGAUUGUACCAUAAAUCCCAGCAACAACUCCAAAAAUGUCAAGGUCUAUUUUCCCCAAACUCCACCAGUGAGCAUAUGGAAUAUUCGUGCCAAGUUUGGUCCAGAUCCAUAAUUAUUUGCGUCUACAGUGAACUAUAAAUCCCAGCAUCUACAACUCCCAAAUGUCAAGGUCUAUUUUCCCCAAACUCCACCAGUGAGCAUAUGGAAUAUUCAUGCCAAGUUUAGUCCAGAUCCAUAAUUAUUUGCGUCCACAGUGAACUAUAAAUCCCAGCAUCUACAACUCCCAAAUGUCAAGGUCUAUUUUCCCCAAAUUCCAUCAGUGUUCACAUUUGGGCACAUUAAGUAUUCAUACCAAGUUUGGUCCAGAUCCACCACUAUUUGAGUUCACAGGGCUCUCUGGGUGUAGAUGAACUACAACUCCUACACUAAAGGGCAAUAUCCACCAAACCCUUCCAGUAUAUUCUACUGGUUAUGGGAGUCCUGUGAGCCAAGCUUGGUUCAAUUCCAUCAUUAGUGGAGUUCAGAAUACUCUUUGAUUAUAGGUGAACUAUAAAUCCCAGCAAUUACAGCUCUCAAAUGUCAAGGCCUAUUUUCCACAAACUCCACCAGUGUUCACAUUUGGGCAUAUGGAAUAUUGGUGCCAAGAUCCAUCAUUGUAUGAGUCCACAGUACUCUCUGGAUGUAGGUGAACUACAACUCCUACACUCAAGGGCAAUACCCACCAAACCCUUCCAGUAUUUUCUGCUGGUUAUGGGAGUCCUGUGAGCCAAGCUUGUUUCAAUUCCAUCAUUGGUUGGGUUCAGAAUACUCUUUGAUUGUAGGUGAACUAUAAAUCCCAACAACAACUCCCAAAUGUCAAGGUCUAUUUUCCCCAAACUCCACCAGUGUCCACAUUUGGGCAUAUGGAAUAUUGGUGCCAAGUUCCAUCAUUAUAUGAGUCCACAGUACUCUCUGGAUGUAGGUGAACUACAACUCCUACACUCAAGGGCAAUACCCACCAAACUCUUCCAGUAUAUUCUGCUGGUUAUGAGAGUCCUGUGAGCCAAGCUUGGUUCAAUUCCAUCAUUGGUUGGGUUCAGAAUACUCUUUGAUUGUAGGUGAACUAUAAAUCCCAGCAACUACAGCUCCCAAAUGUCAAGGUCUAUUUCCCCCAAACUCCACCAGUGUUCACAUUUGAGCAUAUGGAAUAUUCGUGCUAAAUUUGGUCCAGAUCCAUCAUUAUAUGAGUCCACAGUACUCUCUGGGUGUAUGUGAACUACAACUCCCAAAACUCAAGGUCAAUGCUCACCAAAUCCAGUAUUUUCUGCUGGUCAUGGGAGUCCUGUGGGCCAAGUUGGGUUCAAUUCCAUCAUUGGUGGAGUUCAGAAUGCUCUUUGAUUAUAGGUGAACUAUAAAUCCCAGCAACUAAAACUCCCAAAUGACAAAAUCGAUCCCCCCCAACCAAGCGAAACGGUCAACAUUAGUAGACGACUUUCUCCCUCCAGCAUCUCAGCAACUUCGGGUUUGGCCUCCGCUGGAAAGUGACAUUGUCUCAUAGUUGGAACAGCUUUCGCUGCAACGGCGCACUGCCCGCUUUUCCCGCACCGUCCUGGUUCCCGGUGACUAGUCGUGCAAUGUUUCUUCUCCCUUUGGAAAAUUUUGUACUCCAUAGUGAUGUCCCCACCCGCCCAAUUAGGCAGGAAGCAGACGUGACCCGAGGUGGAUAGGGCAGCUCCCCUAGAUGUGUUCAGACGACAUUUCCCUAUAGCCUCCCACUCUGGAAUUGUAGGCCGACACACCUGAAAGGACACGGGAGUGGGGGCUGCAAUAGAAUCUUCCCCUUUCCUCGCUGUUUCUCUUUGGAUCUUGUCUUUGUUAUUUAUUGGGCUCAACUAGUGGCCCCGGCUGUAAUUUAUUAAACAUGAUAUUUCUGUUUUGUAA